AUGAGCAAAAUUCAGGUACGUUCUGGAACAGAAUCACAGCCUUUUUUGCUGCUAGUCCGAAGCUCGCAGGGUGUGAAAAAAGGGAAGCAGGGCACUGUAAGCAACGCUGGCACAAGAUCAAUGAUCUUGUGUGCAAAACAUACGUGGAAGGAGUUGCGCAAUGACCAGAAAUGGUGUGAUUUUUCAAGUGCUAAAACCGAGAGAAGCUCUAAAAAGUGGAAGUGCGAGGAAGCACAAUCAUCAACGUUUAACGCAACUGAAAACAACACAGCUGAAGCGGAUCGGCCCCCUGGUGUUAAGGCAGCCAAGAGCUGUGGCAAGAAGACAAUGGAAGAGGGGAAAGGUCUGUGUGAGUUUGAGCGUAUGUGGUCAAUAAAACAAGAGGAUUUGACUAGGAAAGAAAGGCUCUCCAAGAUGGUUUUACUUAACCGUCUAUUUGCAAAAUCCGAGCCACUCCCUGAGUAUGAAGAAGCUCUGAAGAAAAAACUUAUUACUGAGUUGUUCUCCACUUAG